ACGAAAUUGAAAAAUUUGAUCAGAGCAUACAAGCAAGGCAUCGACAAUAACAGUCAAACAAAUUCUUCCUGUAAAACUCCGUAUGCAAAUUGGAUGAAGAAAAUUUUUGCAGAUAACCCAAGUAUUUCCAAAAACAUUACCUCCAAUUUAUAUGAACAAUCGUUAAGCAAUACGCCCACAUUAUCCGAGGAGCAGUUAUUGCCCAACUGGUGUACAAAUGUAGAAACAGACCAUAAGAAAUUUCCGCGACAGUCCACCCUGUACAAUCGGGAUGUACACGGAAACGGACAAGGAAAGAUAACUUGUCAUCCUUCCCCAAAACUAUUGGGAACAUGUUCUAUACCAUUAUCCCAACAACCUCAGCCACCGAUGGAGUCAAGAGAUAAAUCCCCAGACAAAACGCAAAAGUGUUAUGACAAGAGAAUUUGGACUAGGAGGGAGACCAGAGCAUUUUUGAGGACAUAUAUUUCUAGAAAGAAUGAAUUUAGGAAAGUAGGAAAAAAGAAGUUUGCUAUGCGCAAUGUACUACAUGACUUGGAAAGAAAGGGGGUUUUGAGUCAGACCACAACGGUGGACAUGCUCUCAACAAAAUUGAAAAACUUGGUCAGAGCCCACAAGCGGGCUAUCGAAUAUAGCAGACGAACGAAUACUCCUGUGAUAGCUCCGUAUGGCAGUUUGAAUAGAAGGAAAGAUUGUAAAGGAAUUACCCAAGUACCAUGCCAUAGUAUCAGCACAUUAUCGCUCCAAUGA